GAUGGCAAACUUCGGCUCUCUGGCCGCCUCUUCUUGGAAGAUCUUAAAGUCCUGCUGAACAAAGAUCAGGGCAAAUGUCAUAGGAUGAACCCUGCUGGACCACUCUUACUGUCUGUGAUAUUGUGUCUCCUGUGGCUGUCCUGGGGCUUCGACCCAGCUCCCAGCGCCUGCUCCGCCUUGGCCUCUGGGGUCCUCUACGGCUCCUUUUCUCUGAAGGACCUCUUCCCCACCGUCUCCACCGGCUGCUCGUGGACCUUGGAGAACCCCGACCCCACCAAAUACUCCCUGUACCUCAGGUUCAACCGGGAGGAGCAGGUUUGCGCCCACUACUCGCCCAUGGUUCUGCCGCUGGACCAUUACCUCUCCAAUGACACCUGCAGCCAGCCAGAAGUGACAGCCUUGCCACGGGAACAAGAACAGGAGGACAACGGAGGGGAGGUCAGGUUGGAGCUUUGCCAAGGUGGGGCCCCCAUCACCUUUUUCCAUUUCGACAAGAACUUUGUGCAGCUGUGCCUGGCGGAGGAGCCUGAAGCGGCCAGCCGGCUGCUGCCCCCCGAGGCCGUGGAGUUCCGCUUUGUGGAAGUCCUCCUGAUCAACAACAACAACUCCAGCCAGUUCACCUGCAGCAUCUUGUGCCGCUGGCUCGAGGAGUGCCUUCGCCUCGGCACCAGCCAGUCCUGUGGCCUCUCGCAAACUGGCUGCACCUGCCAGACCCCGCAAGCCCUUCCGGCCCCUCCGCCACACAACCAGACGCUCUCCAACGUGCUGACGCCGCCUGCAACCACCAGCAGCGAUUGCUGCGUGACUGAAUUGCAUUCUGGGAAUGCGAAUGAUCUGUACUCUCCGGAGAUUAAAUACGGUGAUGGGGUGGAAGCGGAUCAGAAGGUGAAGACACAGUGGCCGCGGUCGGCAGAUGAACCAGGGUUGUACAUGGCACAAACAGGUGACCCUGCAGCAGAGGAAUGGUCUCAGUGGAGCGUCUGCUCGCUGACCUGCGGUCAGGGUACCCAGGUGCGGACUCGCUCCUGCGUCUCAUCACCUUACGGGACACUGUGCAGCGGGUUGUUGAGGGAGACCCGGAUAUGCAAUAAUACCGCCACCUGCCCAGUUCAAUGCCUAUGAGAGGAUUGGUCCCUCUGGAGUCUGUGCUCAAUGACUUGUGGGCCAGGGUCACAGACCAGAAUGCGGCAAUGUGUUCCUCCACAGCACGGCAGAAAGGCCUGCCAGGGGCCUGAGGUGUACAAUAAGCCCUGCAAUGUGCACCCAUGCCCUGUGGAAGGCCAGUGGCUGGAGUGGGGAUCCUGGAGCCACUGCUCUGUGUCGUGUUCCAACGGGACUCAGCAGCGCACUCGCAGAUGCAGCAUCUCGGCUCACGGCUGGGCGGAGUGCAGAGGGGCUCAUGCUGACGCGAGGGAGUGUUACAACCCUGAAUGUCCAGCCACUGAUAGCAAGUGGGGCCCGUGGAACCACUGGAGUUUGUGCUCCAAGACAUGCGACACAGGCUGGCAGAGACGCUUCCGUAUGUGCCAGGGGUCAGGCGUGCAAGGCUACCCGUGUGAGGGCAGCGGGGAGGAAGUCAAGACAUGCAACGAGAAGAAGUGCCCAGCCUACCAUGAAAUGUGCAAGGAUGAGUAUGUUACAUUGAUGACUUGGAAGAAAGUUGCUGCUGGCGAGAUUGUCUACAACAAAUGCCCGUCCAAUGCCACAGGGUCUGCCAGCCGCCGGUGCCUGCUUAACUCCCACGGUGUGGCUUUCUGGGGCACGCCCAGCUUCGCACGCUGCAUUUCCCACGAGUACCGAUACUUACAUCUCUCACUCCGAGAGCAUUUGGCCAAGGGACAGCGCAUGCUGGCGGGUGAGGGCAUGUCUCUCGUGGUCCGUGGCCUGCUGGAGCUUGUAGCCCGCAAGACAUACUACAGCGGGGACCUGCUCUUCUCAGUGGAGAUCCUGCGCAAUGUCACGGACACUUACAAGAGAGCCACCUACAUCCCUUCCUCAGAUGAUGUGCAGCGAUUCUUCCAAGUCGUCAGUUACAUGGUGGAUGCAGAAAACAGAGAAAAGUGGGAGGAUGCCCAGCAGGUCAUGCCUGGCUCUGUCCUCCUUAUGAAGGUGGUUGAGGAUUUCAUCCACCUGGUAGGAGAUGCACUCAAGGCCUUCCAGAGUUCCCUCAUUGUCACAGACAACUUGGUAAUCAGCAUCCAGAGAGAGCCGGUUUCUGCUGUCUCCAGUGACAUCAACUUCCCCAUGAAAGGACGGCGGGGAAUGAAAGACUGGGCUCGCCACUCUGAAGACAAGAUCUUCAUCCCCAAGGAGGUGCUCAACCUCUCCUCAUCCGAAACAGAUGAAUCAUCUUAUUUCGUCAUUGGUGCCAUCUUGUACCGCACAUUGGGAUUAAUCCUGCCUCCUCCUAGAAGUCCCUUGGCCGUCAUGUCCAAAGUUCUCACGGUGACGGUGAAGCCACCAACCAAGGCCAUGGAACCCUUAAUUAUGGUGGAGUUGUCCCAUAUAAUCAAUGGCACCUCGCACCCACAGUGUGUGACCUGGGAGUACACCAAAGUAGAGGUUGGCGCUGGAAACUGGGAGACCGAAAGCUGCCAGACCGUGGAAACCCUCUCGGCUCACACCAAGUGCCAGUGCAGCCAGCUCUCCACCUUCGCUGUGAUUGCUCAGCUGCCCAAAGACUUGGCCAUGGACUCUAGCAGUUCCCCCUCUGUCCCACUUAUGAUUGGUUGUGCUGUUUCAUGUAUGGCUUUGCUGACCCUCUUGGUGAUCUAUGCUGCCUUUUGGAGGUUUAUCAAGUCAGAGCGCUCCAUCAUUCUUCUGAAUUUUUGCGUCUCCAUUCUGGCCUCCAACGUGUUGAUCCUGGUGGGGCAGUCCCAGAUGCUCAGCAAGGGUGUCUGCACCAUGACCGCUGCAUUCCUCCACUUCUUCUUCCUCUCUUCCUUCUGCUGGGUGCUGACAGAGGCCUGGCAAUCCUACUUGGCUGUGAUUGGCAGGAUCCGGACACGCCUAGUUCGCAAACGAUUCCUCUGCCUUGGAUGGGGAUUGCCGGCCUUGGUGGUUGCCGUCUCCGUUGGCUUUACUCGGACCAAAGGAUAUGGAACGUCCAGCUACUGCUGGCUAUCCCUUGAAGGAGGAUUGCUUUACGCCUUUGUGGGCCCCGCAGCUGUGAUUGUUCUGGUCAACAUGCUGAUUGGAAUCAUCGUCUUCAACAAGCUUAUGUCUCGGGAUGGUAUCUCAGAUAAGUCCAAAAAGCAGCGAGCUGGGGCAUCGCUAUGGAGCUCCUGCGUGGUCCUGCCCCUGUUGGCGCUCACUUGGAUGUCGGCCGUGCUCGCCAUGACUGACCGGCGCUCCAUCCUCUUCCAGGUCCUCUUUGCCGUCUUCAACUCAGUCCAGGGCUUCGUCAUUAUCACCGUUCAUGGCUUCCUGCGCAGAGAGGUGCAAGAUGUGGUGAAGUGCCAGAUUGGCGUGUGCAAGAGUGAUGACAAUGAGAACUCCCCCGACUCCUGCAAGAACGGGCAAGUCCAGAUCAUGACAGAUUUUGAAAAGGAUGUUGACCUGGCGUGUCAGACAGUCCUCUUUAAAGAGGUCAACACGUGCAAUCCGGCCACUAUCACGAGCACCUUGUCGCGCAUCUCCCUGGAUGGGGAUGAGGAUCCUAAGCUCAACACCAGCUCCGAGGGCGGCCUCGGCUUCUCCACCCUCCCUGGGAACAUCCCGCCCACUUCCAUCCUGGUCCAGCUCAACGACCCGCCCGCCAAGAAGGAUGUCAACCUGGACGCAGCACGGGGCCCAGUGUACCUGUGUGGCGAUAGCAGCCUGCGGCAAUUGGACUAUGGCUGGCUGCGGCCCCAGGAGGCCACCCUGGAGAGCAACUACAUGAUGUUGCCGCGGCGGACAGUGAGCCUUAAGCCCUUCACCAGGGAGGAGGGCAAGCUCAACAUCAAACUGGACGAAGCGCCAGGCCUGGUCAAGGGCCACCACCCAAUGGAAGCCUACCCCAGCUUUGCCUCGAUGGACCACAUCAACGUGAACUUGAACCAGCCUUAUGGGACAGUCAAACACCCAUAUGGCCUCCAGUUCAAGCAACAUCCAACGGUGCGGCAGAUCUUGGCCUCGGAGCUGUCGGAGCGCAGCCGCACCAUGCCGCGCACUGUGCCUGGCUCUGCCAUGAAGGUGGGCUCCCUGGAGAGAAAAAGACUACGAUACUCUGACCUGGAUUUUGAGAAAGUCAUGCAUACAAGAAAGCGCCACUCAGAACUUUACCACGAGUUGCAUCAAAAGUUUCACACGUUGGACCGGUAUCGGGCUCCAGCUACCAAUGCUGCAAAGAGAGAGAAGCGGUGGAGCAUCUCUUCAGGGAGCGGAGAAAAAAAUGUGGCUGGCGAGGUUACCAGCCCAGAGAGCCGGCAGCAGAAGCAAAAGUCUUGGAGCACCUUCAAGGCCAUGACACUGAGCUCCUUGCCUUCCAAGCACCGGGAGAAACUGGAGCUGCAUUCUGCCGACUGGGAGAAGCAUUGCAUGAGCCUGGAUUUCUCCGAGGGGGACUUCCAGACGGAAGUGUGAGCCUCAUGAACUCUGGGAUUUAUCGAUCUAUAAAUAUAUAUAAAUAUAUAUAUAUAUUUUCACACUGACGCUUUGGAAAAAGAAGACAAAACAAGGCUGUUCCUUCCCCUUCCAGGGGUUUUACUGAGGGGGGCAGUUUUGGAAGCCAUGGCCACUUGUUUAGACGCUCCUCGAGAGAGAGAGGAAGAAGAGGGUUGCAGCAGAAGAUGCUGUGCCCCCUCUCCGGGUGUCACAAAGGCACGGCCAUGCACACACCCCAUAUAAGCACCUGCUCCACUUGGAGGUCACGAGGGGAGGCAUUCAUAUACACACACACCCCUCCUGGCAGUCCCUCCUUCUGUGCAGUGGUUCUCUGCUGGGAUCCCAAAGUGCACAUACAAUCAUGCCAGCGGCUCUUCAGUCCUCCCGCCCGCGGGACUUGGAGGGGCAGGGGCAGGUUUUCCCCCUCUUGGGGGCAAGAGAACCCAUCUUAACUCUUUUCUAUCUGGACAUUUUCCUCCCGCCACGCACUGUGUGCAGGGCCAGCAACCUGGUGCAGAGGGUCACCACCGCCCCCCAUCUCCCUAUUUGAGACGUGGCCCCUGGCACCUCCCUUCCUCCAACUCCAGGUCUUCCUGCCUGGGCUGCAGGAGAGAAGAUCUGGCUACUUCCCCAUCCCAUUCCGCAC